GAGCUUGCUGGCCAUUUGUGGUUGAAUGAGCAACACCUCAAGGACCUCGUCAAUGUGCUGCACCAAUCGGAAGAGUUUUCCCGAGUCAAGCUGUAUUUCGAUUUGUCCUUGAGGCAAUUGGUGGAGCAUGAAGCAGAGAGGAACUUGCAGCUUUUUGUUCAGAGUGUUUAUCACUAUGUCGUCCAGUUGUUGGGAUAUCGUGGCCGCAGUCUCUCCAAGUUCAACAGUCCACCAGAUUGUUACGCCAGCCUGUGCCUGGAGACUGCUGAUGUGACACUGAGGGAAGAAACCAAAGCAAAGUUGACUGAGGACUGGAAGGCGCUGCGCUUACUUGAGUUGUCACCUGGAGAAGUGUCUCGUGAGCUUUCCUCUGACCUUGGUGACACAGUGUCAAGUCCCAUGUCUGCCUCAGAAAAACUUCCGAAAUUCUUUGCUGGAAUGAUGGCUGAGAAAAAGUGGCGAACUCUCUCUGAGGAGGCCCUGCGUGUAUCAUCAGCUGCUUGGGAAUGGAUCCGUGCAUUCUGUGCUCGGUACAAGUCUAUGGGCCACAAGCUCAAA